AUGUCGGUUCUUCUGGAAGCAAGGUCCUACAGGCCUUUCAAGUCCUCGGAAGAGUAUCUGGUCGCGAUGAAAGAGGACUUGGCGGAGUGGUUGAACGCACUCUAUCCGGAGCUAAGAAUCAACGUUGACAAUUUUAUGGACAGACUGGACACCGGCGUCGCUCUGUGCAAACACGCGAACAACGUACGAAAGUCGGCGGCCGAGUAUGUGGCGCGUCGUCAGGCGAGGAAGAUCUCGAUGACACGAUCGAUAACCUCGUCGCUGGCUAUGCCGAUGAGCCAACUGAGCGACGUGGCCUUCCUGCCGAACGCGAAGGCCGGCACGUUCUUCGCCCGCGACAACGUAUCCAAUUUCAUCGGCUGGUGCCGUAACAGCCUCGGGAUCAUCGAGUGUCUGCUCUUCGAGACCGACGACCUGAUAAUGCGGAAGAACGAGCGUCACGUGAUACUCUGUCUGCUCGAAGUCGCGAGACGUGGCGCGAAAUUCGGUAUGCUGGCGCCGAUGUUGGUGCAGAUGGAGAGACAGAUCGACAGGGAGAUCGCGGCCGACAACAAAGCGGCGAACGGGGCCCAUGGAAACUCUGGGAACGAGGAGAGCGACGACGAGUACGCGGACAUGCAGCAGGAGGAGCCUUGCCUGAUAUACGGGCCUCAGCCCCAGAUCGUCACCAAUGACCUGAAGAGCCUCGACGAAAUGGUUCGCGACUUGGUCGAAAGGUGCACGUGCCCGACACAGUUCCCCAUGAUUCGUGUCUCGGAAGGCAAGUACAGAAUCGGCGACACAAAGGUGCUGAUCUUCGUGAGGAUCCUGCGGAGCCACGUGAUGGUGCGCGUCGGCGGCGGUUGGGACACAUUGAGCCAUUACCUCGACAAGCAUGACCCUUGUCGAUGCAGAACUUCGCAUCGCUCGAUGAUCUCAGCGAAGUUGAUUCAAAAGGCUGGAGGGUCCUUCGACCUUGGCAGCGCGCAGGUGCAUUACGAAAGAUCACCUCCUAGAACUCGAAGGAGUUCGGCGUCGAGCGUCGGUUCUUGCGCCGGCACCGUGCAGAAUCAGCAAUCGACGCAGCUGCACGCCGCGGCCAGGAGCGUGUCCAGCAAUCGUUCGCGAUCGCCCACGCCCAAUCAGCCCGCCGGUAAGCAACAACAGGACGAGCAACAGAAGAAGAUCAACCGAUCGCGAAGUCCCACGCCCCAGAGGAAGUUUCUCGGCAGUCCCAGCCAUCAGGAUUUCGGGAAACAACGAUCGAGAUCACCGACCCCGAAACCACAGUUCCGAUCGAGCAGCCCGACGACCAAACCGGAACACGCGAAGACUGGAUGCGCAGACUCUCCCAAAAGAUGCUUCAACGAGGAUGCUCGAUCGCCUACGCAUCACACGAAGCAUCAAGACAGUAAGGAUGCAAAGAAGGACCUCCAUCAAGAGAUCCGGACGAAGGUGCCGGUAACCGAGGAGUUCACGAAGCGUUACGUCGUGGACGGCGGUGUAGCUCGGAGGGCGGUCGAGAAAGACGACACGCCGAAGUACGAGCCGACGAUCUAUAAUUACAAGUGUCGCGAGGAUUCCAACAGCCGUAGCCCGACGCCUAGUCCGCCGGCGAUCAAGGAGGAACCAGUGCUGGAGAGCUUCGGGAAGGACGUCGUCACCGUGAACGUGAAUUACACGAAAUCGCCCCACGGUGACGGCGAGCACUCGGACAAUUGCAGCGAGGUCUCCGACGAGGGUUAUCGAAGUUUGGGUGCCGUUCAGCCACCCACCAGCAACGGGAACCCGGGUACAUGUACGCAGGGAUCGCCCACGGUUGCCGAUUGUCAAAAGCAACCCACAAAGCCCGAGCAAGAAGAGAGGUCCUGCGUAGAAACCGAAAGCAUCGAGACUGGCCUAAGGAAGACCCGAAUAGGUCCCGCGAGUCCCCUUCGAGCCUCUCCAUCCAGAAGCGUGGCCUCUUCGUCUGGCGACAGGACCCCACGUGCAGGUUCCAUCGUCCGCGAAAACAGCAACGUGUCUAGAGCCUCGUCAGGUAGCAGGACACCUAGAGAAAGUAAUUCGAGCCCAGAAGGUAGCCCCCUGAAAAGGGGAACCGUCAUGAACAGCCUUCGAAAGCCACCCACUGGCAGCCUGAGUAAAGCAUCCGCUGUUCCCAAGUCCUGUCAAUCCCCGAUCAGCGGUAGUAACACGUGGAACGGCAGACAGGUUAGACAAAGGCCUAGCAUACAAGCGGACACCUUCUCGAACCCCCAGGGAACGGCAACCUGCGCGACAACGCCGAGUUUCUCGAGGAAAAGCCCCGCGAGACAGAGCCUGCCCAGACAGAAUUCGAACGGGGUUCAGUACGACAGAAACGGAAGAAGGAUCAAAUCGUCGACUACUGGUUCCCUUCAAUCCUCCCCCACGAAGGUGGCCAAUCCUCUUCUCGAGCAGAUCCUGCAAAAGGUCGGCCAUCUGCAGGACGAGCGGGAGGUGGUCCAGAAGCUGCAGGAUCUGCUUAGGGACUAUCGGGGUCACGGUGCCGGAGACGGUGUUGCCAAUUUGGAGUUCACCAAGGCGUGGAUCGAUGGUAACGGGACCGUGGAUCUGCCCCAGGACAAUCAGAUGACGGCCAGUCCUAGGAAAGAUCCGAAACCCGCCUCGGAGAGGGGAGGUUUCUCGAGGAUACCGGCGCCUGUCUACAAGAGGCCUAUGUCCGUCGCGUCCGACAGCGUGUGAGGAAGACCCUCGGUCCCGAGGAA